CUCUGGAGCUGAUUAUGACAGAAGCUUAUAGUUUAGCUCCCAAACAAACAGCUUCGCCUUUACUUCAUCUUUCAGGCAGCAGAAUAUCUGUACAGCGUCUGAUUUUACUGUGUUACUGCCUGAAAUAAAGCUGGACUAAGCCCCACAUUUAGCUCGUAUUUCUCUGGUAAAAUAAGUGAAUGUUUAGCCUGCUGUCCGGCUAACAGGCUAACCUGUGAUGUUCUGUACUGCGGACUUUCCCCUGGUGUUUGUUGUUAGCUCGCUGGUGGCUAACCUGCUGCCACCUGUAUAACCGAGCGUUUAUCUAACCGGACUGUUUAUUUUAUGGAAUAUUUGUGGGUUUUACAACACGGACCAUCGCUAUAAAGCCUGGGAAUACCUAUCUGGUGUGGCUUUGGGUCUUCUUUGUCUUGUUUGACCGUGUGAAUCAUGGCGCAGGACGGGGUUAUUCUACAGUUCAGCUUUGCAACAUUCGGGGACUCCAUGCUACAAAAGAUGGAUGUUCUCCGAAAAGACAGGCGCUUCUGUGACGUGAUUGUACGGAUAAAUGACUUGGAGAUUCCUGGUCACAAAGUUGUGUUCGCUGCUGGUUCACCGUUCCUCAGAGACCAGUUUUUCCUUCAGGACUCACAUGAAGUGGAGAUAUCCACGCUCCAGGAUGCAGAGGUUGGCCGGAGACUGCUUCUUUCCUGCUACACAGGAACGCUCGAAUUCCCUGAGCUGGAACUAGUACAUUAUCUGACAGUGGCCAGUUUUCUACAGAUGGGUCAUAUUGUUGAACAAUGUACACAAGCCCUGAAUAAAUUCAUAAAGCCACACAAGGGCGACGGUACACAUCUCUCUCGUCAGCCUCCUAAAGUAAGCGUCCAGCAAGAAGACCAGCCGCUUAUUGAGACUGUGUACGAUGAUGAAGACGGGGACAAUGAGAUUGAAGAUGACAAUGAUGACGACGACGAUGUAAUUAUUGAACCAAGGUCUCCUCCUAUGUUUAGGAAUUCUCAAAGCAAGGGACAAGGAGAGGAAGCCCCCAUUAAUAUCAUAAAGGUUGAGUCGGUUGAAGAUCGGAUGCAGGAGAUGUCUGAAAGCUACCAGAGUCAUCCCUCUCGUUCUCCUACGUUACACUCCCCUGAGCCACAGCAUUCCCUUAUUAAUUCAACUGUGGAGACACGAUCUGCUGAGAUGACAUCCAACCCUAGUAUUGAGUAUCCGCUCUCGUCUCCCGGCCCAAGCGGCUCAGGGAAGGAGAACGUCUGGAGCCACUCGAGAAAUGUCGACAAAGGCCUCCAGUGGUACCACCAGUGUCCAAAAUGCGCCCGUGUCUUCCGUCAGCUGGAAAACUACGCCAACCACCUAAAGAUGCAUAAGCUUUUCAUGUGCCUCCUCUGUGGUAAGACUUUUACACAGAAGGGAAACCUGCACAGGCACAUGCGAGUGCAUGCCGGCAUCAAGCCUUUCCAGUGCAAGAUCUGCGGAAAAACUUUCACGCAGAAGUGCUCGCUCCUGGACCACCUGAACCUGCACAGUGGGGACAAACCACAUCGCUGCAACUACUGUGACAUGGUCUUUGCACAUAAACCUGUCCUCCGUAAACAUCUGAAGCAGAUCCAUGGCAAAAAUAGUUUUGACAAUGCCAAUGAAGGUAGCUUGAUUGAAGGCUUUUAAAUAAACGCGAAACGUUCAUGUUCAUGUUCGAAUCAAAGACUUGGAUACAGAGUGUCAUGGACUAUGGACCUGAAAACCUACAUGUACAUACAGUAUAUAUCACGGACCCCGUACUGCAUUAGGUUGUCUUGUUGUCUGGUUUAUAAUUGUACUGUAUUGAAAGGCUGCUGUUUUUUCUAUUCUUUAAUGGGUUUCUCUCUUAAACACUAUUUGGACAUGUUAAGUUUUAUAUAAGGUGAGGUGUAAAAAUCUCAUGUCUGUAACUUAGGCUUUGUUCGCACAGCAGGUAAAAGUGGCCCAAAUCUGAUCAUUUAAAAUGUGUCAUUUGUGUGGUAAUUUUAACAACAAAAUACUAUUUUUUUAGUCAAAAUAAAAUACUGUUGCCCUGGAUACUGGAGAGGGAAAAAGCUUAAAAACUUUUUAAUUUUAAAGAAACCAAGAACCACAACUAGAAAUCCAAAAAUGUGGGCAUGGCCCUUUUUAUGCUAAACUUAAACCCACAGCUAAUAGGAGCUUAAAAGUCGAAGAUGAAACCGAAACUUCAUGUAAAGCAUUGCUCGUUUGCACCUGUGCUUCAGUUUAGGAACUGUUCAGACAAAAGUCAGAUAUAGGUCGCAUACAAUUUAUAGUGUGAAUAGCCUAGAAAAUCUAGUUUUGGCACCUUUUACUUGCUAUGUGAACACAGCCUUAGACUACACACUUCUUCAACUUCUAUUGGGCAGCUUUUGACGACUAUAAAAUAACUGUAGAUAAUAAACUGGGUUAUAUUAUGAAGCAUGAAGGAAUUUGUAUGUAGGUAAAUACUAACAUAUACAUGUGAAAUGUGUAAAAAGUAAUGUAUAGUAUCACUGACGGAAGUCAUUUUUAGACUAAGUCAAUCUAAUUAGUAUUGACCUAAAUUGUAAACAUUACAAUUGAAAAGUAAAACACCUCCCUUAACUGGAUUUUAUGUGGCAAUUUGAUUUUUUUAGUUCUGAACGCCAUUACUAAUGCCAAAGAUAAUGAUAAAAAACAUCCACUAAAGACAGGUAUUUGGGUACAUAUAGGGUCAUGUUUCCCAGGCAGGAACUAAGCCUAAUUUAUUUUAAUGAAUUCUAUCAUUAAUGAAUGAAACAUCUCUGUGUAGUCACAGUUUGGGAAACUGCUCCAAUGAGAAUAUGAGUAACAUGACAAUAAAAAUUGAUAUGUUUCCCAUAUGUUAACAACUGAAGCAAUAUAUGUUUGUGUGAAAUAUCCCUGUUAUGUUGACAGUGUAUGAAUUAAGCACUCUCAUCUAUUUAUCAUAAUCCAUCAUAAUCUGUGAUGUAAGACUUCUGUUAGGAUUUGUUACUGGAAGUAGUAUGAUUCUUCAGAAAGUAAAUCCCAUCCCAUCCCAUCCAAAUAGAUCUUUAGACCAGAGAGACGACCAGCUGACCGUUGAACCUUAACAGAUUUUCUUUGUACUUGGAUGCUGCCAAAAAAACGCAUGAAACCUGAAUCAUUACUACUGUAACCUAAUGGCCUGUUCUGACCAUGUAAAUUCAUGCAGAAUUCUUCAAUUCCUCAUGUGAAGUAGCUUGCACAGUUGUGACUCAUUAAUAAUGUGUAAUAAAUUUGUUAUUUAAAACUGA